AUGACUACCAGUUCUAAUGGAAUACAUGCUGAGUCACAAUCCACUGUUUAUGUACUAUAUCGUCGGCGAUUUUAUAUUCUCGGUGUUUUCUCCUUUCUUUCUUUCAAUCAGUGCUCAUUUUGGCUCACAUUUUCUCCCGUUUCGCCUAGUGCACAAUCCUACUACAACAUUUCUUCAUCCACCGUUGAUCUUCUCCUCAAUUGGGGACCCAUUAUAUUCAUACCCUGUCUUCCUCUUGCCUAUAUUCUUCUUAAUACACGGAAUGGUCUCCGGCGCACUGUCAUUUGUAUAGCUGUUGCCUGUUUUAUAGCUACUCUACUUCGAGUGAUACCUUCGAUAGUUGUUUCUCAUUCAAAUCCCCAUUUCAAAACCAUCGCUCUAUCCUUCUUUCAUGCUGGCCAAAUUAUCAAUGCUGCAUGUGGUCCACUUGUGAUGAUGCCCGUUUCUCAAUUGUCAUGUUUAUGGUUCGGUCCUAACGAGAGAGCACGAGCUACUACAUUCGCUAUCAUGGCAAAUGUAUUCGGCUCGACUGUCAGUUUCGUUAUUAAUCCAUGGAUCGUGUCUAGGCCGUCGAACUUACCAUACUUGCUCUAUUUUCAUCUUGGUCUAGCACUUGUGGCUGGCAUUCUUACUUUAGCAUACUUUCCUGCUCAGCCACCCAAGCCACCAUCGCAUGCAGCUGAAGUACUUAUGAACGUAGAAAAUAACAAUUCUGAUUCAGGAUUCAAAGUUUACAUGAAAGGUCUCCGACAAUGUAUCAUGAAUCCUUCAUUUGUUCUACUUGCAAUAGUCGGUGGUGUAAUGACUGGAACAUUUAGUGUGUGGACAUCAUUGUUUUCUACAAUUCUUGCUCCUGAAAAUUAUAGUGAGCAACAAGCCGGUUGGUUUGGUUUUGCCUCAUCAUUAGCAAGCAUUGUUGGCGGGUUUUGCUUAGGUGCGCUGGCUGAUUCGUCUCGUUUUCGACGUUCACUCAAAAUGUUGAUCAUUAUUGUGUUGAUAGCCUGCUUCAUCCCGAUCGUUUGGUUUCAACUGUCCGUUCGUAGUGUUUUUUAUGAUGCACAUGUUCUUAGUUCGACACAAUACACUAUCGGAAUUGCUGCCACUCUUGUUGGCUUAUUUCAAGGAGCUGCAGCACCAUUGGUCUAUGAGAGCCUAGCUGAGAUCACGUAUCCUCUUCCGGAAUCUCUGUCCGCCUCUGUUCUCGUUCAAUUGAACAAUGUGACUUUUCUUACUCUUCUCUUUGCUGUCUCCGGACGAUACAAAAUAAUGAACUUGCUUGUUGUCAUUGCCAUUGGACUAUCUAUUGUGAUGGCUGCUUUGGCUCGUGUCUCGUACAAACGACGAGACGAAGAUGAGAGAAAGAAGAGAGAAGGCAAUGAUACUAUGCAAUUAAAUAGUACUAUUUCUACUACCAAUUAA